AUACUAUGUCAUAGACUUAGACAUAAUGGCCGGGGUCAAUAGAAACGAGGGCUCAUUACUAGCUUUAGGAGGCUUUUCGCAACUACACCACAAUAUAACUGAUAAGGAUUUCGAUGAUAUGGUUAUAAAAACAAACACCUCGUACCACGGAUUAGAUUUGCAACAAAUCCGACAAUUUUAUCUCAAAGAUGUCAACAAAAAUCACUCAUCGGAUGAGUUAAGGCAAGCGUUUUACGCGUUUUUCGGUGACAUUCACGUCAAAUGUCCGACAUAUCUGACGGCCAAAAAUUAUGCGGCAAAAAGUAGUUCAAAAAAUGGUGUUUAUAUGUAUGAACUGACAUAUGAGUCGCAAUUCGCUAAAAUCAUGGGUUGCGAUGAGAAGACUAUGGGCAUCUGUCACGGAUCGGAACUGGAGUUUGUUUACGGACUUCCCCUAUGGGUCGACAAACUGUAUCCCAAAACUCAUACCCAACUGGACGUGGAUUUCAGUUUAUAUGUCAUGAAACUGUGGACUGAUUUCGCUAAAUACGGUAAACCGGACGCCCAAUGGCCACAAAUAUUUGAUAAGAGUUUAAUCAAUAUUAAAGACUUGAAUCCAACGAAUACGAGUCGAAUUGCAAUUGAAAUAGUGAUAAACCAAUUGAGUGAUGAUGACUGUCAGCACCCCUUACCACCAGUUCAUGGGUCAUGUACAGUAUCGAUUCAA